CAAGCUAUUUGUUUUCCAAGAUAUAUCUGAACAUUUUGUUCAGGAAGUGGAACUGCAAACCACACAGAGUAUACUCUUAAUUCACAGUAAUUUAAUAGACUACAGAUAUUACUUCUAUAAAUCUAAAAUAUUGUUAAUGUCACAAUCAGCCGGUGGUUUCAGGUCUGUGAGCAACACCAAAUUGCUUUUAAAUCUCCAGCAGCAGAUGAACCCCGCCCAUUCCCGUUGUCACUGAAGUAGAGCCAGCAUCACAGAUCCUCAGCGUCAGAUCAAGCCCAUAUAAAAGACGAACUCUCCACUUCAGCCACAGCAGAUGAAAAGAUUUGCCUGAGCCAGUACUAUCUACAAUGUAAGUCUGUUUUAUGAAAUGGCUUCCAAGGGACUUUACUGCAAGUUUUUAUUCUAAAAGGUUGGUGGAUAAGUAAUUAUUUUUUAAAGAACAGAUGUAUUUUUAAGGUUAUCUGAUUUGGGAAACUGGGAAUAAAUCAAAGUUCCCUUGAUUCCUUUCAUUAUUUUUUGUAUUCUAACAUUAAGAAACAUAUCUUGUAAUUUUUUUUCUCUGCUGGUGUCUGUUUUCUCACUGACAAAGAGGCAAGACACACAGAUCUCUUUCAACAGUAUCUUCCAGUGAACAAAAUGAAAAGACUCAAUUUUCUGAUGCGGCAUUCUUGAAUGGAUGCAAUUAAUGGACUGCUGGCAAACACAGCUUCCGAGCCUCCUGACAGAGCACUGUUCAGACAAUAUCAUCGACACCACAGCUCAUCCUGAUGAGUUGCCAUAACUUCACCGGCGGAAAUGAGACUGGCAGGCACCCGUAUACUGUGCAGGCUUCUGUGCCUCUAACGAUCCUGGUGGGUAUCCUCAUCCUGCUACUGGUGUUUGGCAACGUCAUGGUAGUAAUUGCUGUGAUCACAAGCCGAGCCCUGAGAGCACCCCAGAACUUGUUUUUAGUCUCUCUGGCAUGCGCUGACAUCCUGGUUGCCACCUCAGUGAUGCCGUUCUCUUUAGCCAAUGAACUGAUGGGUUACUGGUACUUUGGUAAAGUGUGGUGCGAAAUACACCUGGCUUUGGAUGUGCUCUUCUGCACUUCAUCCAUCGUUCACCUGUGUGCCAUCAGCCUGGACAGAUACUGGUCUGUGACUCGAGCGACUGAGUACAACCUGAGGAGGACACCACGCAGGAUUAAAUGCACAGUCUUCAUAGUUUGGGUCCUGGCAGCCAUCAUUUCAUUCCCUCCACUUAUCACGAUGAAAAAGGAUGAGUGUAACAAGGACAGUCUUGAAUGUAAAAUUAAUAAUGACAAGUGGUACAUGAUAUUCUCCAGCACUGCCUCCUUCUUUGCACCAUGCAUCAUUAUGAUUACGGUGUAUGUUAGAAUCUACCAGAUUGCCAAGAAAAGAACAAGAGCCCUGCCAGGUGAGAAGCAAAGAGAAAAUGGCAUCACACAUGACCAAGGGAGAGAGGUGGAAGGGGGGGAGGGUAGAGAGGUCAAUGGGUUAGACAUGGAGGAAGAACCCUCCUCUUCUGAUGGGAAUGAAACUGUCCUAUGUCCCCUGAAGAAAAAGAGGGGUCUCAGGGCAACCAAAGUAGCUCAGGUAAGGCCUGGAGAAACCUCUCCAAAACCAGAGGUUCAGCCCUGUGUGAGAGCGAGCAAGUGGAAAGCAAGGCAGUACAGAGAGAGGCGCUUCACAUUUGUUCUGGCUGUGGUAAUGGGAGUGUUUGUUUUCUGCUGGUUCCCCUUUUUCUUCACAUACACGCUCAUUGCUGUGUGCGACAACUGCAGCGUCCCAGAGACAUUGUUCAAGAUGUUUUUCUGGUUUGGUUACUGUAAUAGCUCACUAAAUCCUGUUAUAUACACUAUAUUUAAUAAUGACUUCAGGAGGUCUUUUAAAAAGAUCCUAUGCAAAACAGGCAGAAUAGGUUUGUAAAUAAGAUUUUUAUGUAAGGUAUACCUUCCAAAAACUACAUUUUUUUCUUCUACAUUAAGGCUGCCAUCAGUGUAUUUAUUGAAUAUUUGAAAAAUGUGAAAUGAAGCAUAUUUUACUUUUGUGUUUAAAUUUUGUGUAAUUUCAUGUUAGUAACUGUUUGUUUUGUAAUAUUAAAUCAUGCAAAAAUAUCUGAUGUGCAGUAUGUUUUACAGCUAGUAUUCCACUGUGACAACCUGUGAAUUUAGACUUUGAUACAGUACAACUGUGACAACAUGGAUGAUAUAUUUCCUACAUGUCUGUGUUUUCUUCUGUUGCAUAUUUAAACUGGUCAGUCAACUAUCAGAUUACCAGUCAUGUUUUGCAUACUCAUGCUUUUAAGUCUUGAAAGACUAAAUGACAGUGUGAUUUAAACAAAAAAAGGAAAGUAUUAAUGUGGAUUCACAUUACUUCUGAAAGAAAACCAUGACAGUGAAAAUAAUGAUGUUGGUAAUAUAAAGGCAGAUGUCUAAGACUCACAUCACAGCACAUGCAAACAGCACUUAUCAACUUUUCAAAUUGACAGACUGUGGUGUAGUUCAAGAAAAUGUUUACUCAUAUUUGUGGUGCAAUGUUACAAGUACUGAAAAUCCACUAAAAUGUCAAUAGUAUGUAAAGAAACAUGACCAAGCAUUGUAUUUAUGACUGAGUUAUGUGCUCAUGGCAGCAAUUAUUUUGCAUAGAAAUGAUGCAUGUUAUUUGGAAACUGAGCCUCUUUUUCUCUGUAAUUGUCAUCAGAAUUAAAGACAAGAUACACUUAGAAAAGCAGAUAAUUGUAAAUGCUACCAUCCUGUGAAUUAAAAAAAAAAAAAAGAGCAAGAGCACAUGAAAAAUUAUACCCAAAAGUACAAUGGGUAUCACCAACCACCUACUGUCUCAUUCUCUCAUAACAAGCACAGGAACAAGACAGUCAUAUGAAAAGAAAAUUAUGCCUGGGAGGUACGGGUGGCACAACAAUACUGAAUGCAGUUUAUCAUGAAUUAUAGCCCUUCAUAUCAGGAUACCAUUAAAUCCUCCCUUGGAGUCAAAGCAGAAAUCAUGUAGCAAUAGAAAUAUGAGUGGCUGCUGCAAAUUACACUGUGAGGUUAAUAUCCACAUAAGCUUAUCAAUGUGUUAUCAACAUUUCCUGUCUCUUCUCCUUUUCAGUGCAGUUUUCACAGUACUAGAGGCUUUCAUUAUAUCAACCUUUUCUUCAACAAAUAGACUUUUAGACCAGUAUCAGUAUGUGAACCUGAAAUAAAGUAAA